GCGGAGUUUGCAAUCAAAGCUAAUUAUAAAUGUAUCUCAAUGAUUGGAGAAGUGGGUAUUUUUUUUUUAUUAAAUAAGAAUUAUUAUUUUUAGAAAUAUUUGAUGGGAAAAAGGGGUGAAAAAAAUUGGAUUUUGACUUGUUUGUAGAUCUCUCUCUCUCUCUCUCUCUCUCUCCAAGUUUUUGUUUACUUCAGAGUUCACUGUCAAAAAAUUUUAAAAAAAUAAGAGGAAAAAAAAAGCAUGAUAUUUUUGGGUUCUUAAAAUCUCUUAUCCCUGUUGUUGCGUUCCUUCGCUGGGGACCCUGCUCACUUUUACUCAUUUCGAGCUCCAAAAACCCUAAUUCCCCACUUGUUUUCUCCAUUUCCAGGUACGGGGCCAAAUUUGGGCGCAAAAUUGUAUCUUGGCUCUUUGCGGCACAGUUGAGCUAUGCAAAUCCUCUUUCAUCUAUCCUCUGACGCGUUUGUCGCUCACUUGCUCGUGAAAACAUUACUUCGAACACCUUUUCUGCAUGGUUUCCCAGCUAUUUAUGCCACUUGGUGAGUAACCCAGAUCCGGAUUUCUCCAAUUUUGAGACUUGGAGGUUUUUUUCGACGUGAAAAAUCUCAUCUUUUGCUGCAUAAGAUGUUGUUUCGCACACCUACUGUUUGAUUAUAUGCCGCAAAGGUUUCGGUGAGCUAAUAUGGUGAUGGAAGAAUCGAGUAGCAGCUCUUCGUGGAGCAGGGAGCAGGAAAAGGCAUUUGAGAACGCCCUAGCGACUUUGCCGGAGGAUUGUAGCGACCGGUGGGAGAAAAUUUUGGCGGCUGUCCCCGGGAAAACCCUAGAAGAUGUAAAGCUUCACUAUGAGAUCUUAGUCGACGACAUCAGCAGCAUCGAGUUGGGCCGCGUUCCCUUGCCGUCUUAUGCUUCGUCUUCAGAAGGUGCCGACCAUGCGAAUGAAGGAAGCAGUGGGAAAAAGGGCGGGCACUCGCAUGGUGAUUCUGGUCAUGGUGGGAAGGGUUCGAGAUCAGACCAAGAGCGCCGUAAAGGGAUAGCUUGGACUGAGGAUGAGCACAGAUUAUUUCUUCUCGGGCUUGAUAAAUACGGCAAAGGUGAUUGGAGGAGCAUUUCGCGAAACUUUGUAAUAUCUAGGACACCCACGCAAGUGGCCAGCCACGCUCAGAAGUACUUUAUUCGCCUGAACUCGAUGAACAAAGACAGGAGGCGAUCAAGCAUCCACGACAUAACCAAUGUGAGCAAUGGAGACGCAUCGACUCCUCCGGGACCUAUCACCGGUCAAACAAAUGGUCAAAUUGUGAACUCCGCGAAAAAUUCGAAGCAAUCCUCUCAGCCACCUGGCGGGCCCCCCGGAGUCAAUGUGUAUGGUACAACAAUAGGGCAGCCGGUGGGGGGCCCCAUAGUAUCUGCGGUAGGAACUCCCGUUACUCUUCCCGUUCCUGUCGCGCCCAAUAUGGCUUACGGGGUGCGGGCCCCAGUUGGCGGGGCUUUAGUCCCUGGUGCACCGGUGAACAUGAAUCCGAUGAACUACCAGAUGCCUCCUACGUCGAGUCACCGAUGAGUACCAGCUCGACAUUUUCGAAUGCAUCACAUGAGUCUCCUGCAGGACUCUCUUCCUCGAUGUAUAAUAAGCUGGAUGCGCGAGAUCAACUUUCUUGUACGCAGUCUGGUUUAGGGGCUUUCUCGAUUUUGUGCGUCGUGUUUAAUAAGACCGAUAGAUUCUUGUACAUCUCAUGUGCUAGUCGUGGGAGUAAAAUAAGGUAUCAGUAAGUCAAGUGAAAUACGGUUUCGCCGCUCAAAACUGUUUAUGUUGAAUCAAUCACAGAUGCUAGAAUCGAAAAUCUGAUUGUGAGAUUAAGAAACCAAUCAAUUCAAACUCUCCUUUGUUACUUGUAUUA